AGUAGGGGACGGCCGCGCCUGGAGCACGUGAUUUUGUUCCGGCUAGCCAAAGAUGGCGGCGCCCACAGUUGUAGCGUGAGAGUUGUUGUGGGAGUCGGUAUCCAUUCGCGCUGGAAUCAAAAUACUGGGAGAGCGUGCGCCAUGUCCCGACUAAUCGUGAAGAACCUCCCGAAUGGGAUGAAGGAGGAGCGUUUCCGGCAGCUGUUCACCGCCUUUGGCACGCUGACAGACUGCAGCCUCAAGUUCACCAAAGAUGGCAAGUUCCGAAAGUUCGGCUUCAUCGGCUUCAAGUCUGAGGAAGAGGCCCAAACGGCACUGAACCAUUUUAAUAAGAGUUUCAUUGACACGUCCAGGAUCACGGUGGAGUUCUGCAAGUCGUUCGGGGACCCAACGAAGCCCCGAGCCUGGAGCAAGCAUGCCCAGAAACCAAGCCAGUCCAAGCCACCUCCCAAAGACAAAGACUCUGUCCCCCCAGAAGCCAAGAAAGACAACAGAAAGAAGAAGGUAGCAGGUGAACUGGAGAAGCUGAAGAAAGAUGACGAGUUCCAGGAGUUCCUGUCGGUUCACCAGAAGCGGACGCAGGUGGCCACCUGGGCCAAUGAUGCCCUGGACGCUGAGCCUUCAAAGGGGAAGAGCAAGCCGGCCGAUGACUACCUGAACUUCGACUCCGACUCGGGGCAAGAGAGUGAGGAGGAAGGAACCAGGGAGGACCCGGAAGAGGAGGCCGAUGGCCUUGAACGCAAGGCAGCUGCACAGAAAGAGCUGUCAGACAUGGAUUACCUGAGAUCCAAGGUGGUGGCUGCGGAGUCCUCGGAGGAGGAGGAGAGUGAAGAUGAAGCUGUGAACUUCGAGGAAGGGAGCGAGGCUGAGGAAGAGGGUUCCUGCACCGCUCCCACCCAGCAGGACAGGGAGGCGGCCCCAGCAGAGACAGAGAAACCAGCCCACCAGAGGGAACCCACCACUCCCCACACCGUGAAGCUGCGGGGAGCCCCGUUCAAUGUCACAGAGAAAAAUGUCAUGGAAUUCCUGGCACCCCUGAAACCAGUGGCCAUUCGAAUAGUGCGAAAUGCUCAUGGGAACAAAACGGGGUAUGUCUUUGUGGAUUUCAGCAGCGAAGAGGAAGUGAAGAAAGCUCUGCAGUGCAACAGGGAGUACAUGGGUGGACGCUACAUCGAGGUGUUCAGGGAAAAGAGCAUCCCCACGGCCAAGGCGCCCCCGAAGAACAGCACCAAAGCCUGGCAGGGUCGGACACUCGGGGAGCAUGAGGAGGAGGAGGACCUGGCUGACUCUGGGAGGCUCUUUGUGCGAAACCUGCCCUACACCAGCUCCGAAGAGGACCUUGAGAAGCUCUUUUCCAAAUACGGUCCCCUGUCUGAGCUGCAUUACCCCAUUGACAGCCUGACCAAGAAGCCCAAGGGCUUUGCCUUCGUCACCUUCAUGUUCCCGGAGCAUGCCGUCAAGGCCUACGCGGAGGUGGAUGGGCAGGUGUUCCAGGGCAGGAUGCUCCACGUGCUUCCAUCCACCAUUAAGAAGGAAGCCAGCGAGGACACUGACACCCCAGGAUCAUCAUCCUAUAAAAAGAAGAAGGAGUCGAAAGACAAAGCCAGCAGCUCCAGCUCUCACAACUGGAACACUCUGUUCAUGGGACCAAAUGCAGUGGCCGAUGCCAUCGCCCAGAAGUACAACUCCACCAAGAGUCAAGUGUUUGACCACGAGACCAAGGGCAGCGUGGCCGUGCGCGUGGCCCUGGGGGAGACCCAACUGGUCCAGGAAGUGAGGCGCUUCCUCCUUGACAAUGGGGUCAGCCUGGACUCCUUCAGCCAGGCCGCUGCAGAGCGAAGUAAGACUGUGAUCCUGGCAAAGAACCUCCCAGCGGGCACCCAGGCGGCCGAGCUGCAGGAGACCUUUGGCCGCUUCGGCAGCCUUGGCCGCGUGCUGCUGCCGGAGGGCGGUGUCACUGCCAUCGUGGAGUUCCUGGAGGCGCUAGAGGCCCGCAAAGCCUUCCGACACCUGGCCUAUUCCAAGUUCCACCAUGUCCCCCUGUAUCUGGAGUGGGCCCCGAUGGGUGUCUUUUCCAGCCCAGCCCCGCAGAAGAAAGAACCCCAAGACACACCGGCAGAACUGACGGAAAAGGACAGGAUGGAGCCAGAAACAGGUGGCGAGACUCCAGAAGUUGAAAAGCCAACAGAGGGAGGAGCAGAUGCCGCUUCAGCAAAGGUAGAAGAGGAGGAGGAAGAAGAGGAGGAGGAGGAAGAGAGCCUUCCUGGGUGCACCCUGUUUAUCAAAAAUCUCAACUUCAGCACCACGGAGGAGACGCUGAAGGGAGUGUUUUCCAAAGUGGGUGCGGUGAAGAGCUGCUCCAUUUCCAAGAAGAAGAACAAAGCAGGAGCACUGCUGUCCAUGGGGUUUGGAUUUGUGGAGUAUAAGAAGCCAGAGCAGGCCCAGAAAGCUCUCAAGCAGCUCCAGGGUCACGUUGUGGAUGGCCACAAGCUGGAAGUGAGGAUCUCGGAACGAGCCACCAAGCCAGCCCCAACAGCCACUCGGAAGAAGCAAGUAGCCAGAAAGCAGACCACGUCCAAGAUCCUGGUGCGGAACAUCCCCUUCCAGGCCGACAGCCGCGAGAUCCGCGAGCUCUUCAGCACCUUCGGGGAGCUGAAGACCGUCCGCCUGCCGAAGAAGAUGACUGGGACAGGCACGCACAGAGGGUUCGGCUUCGUUGACUUCUUCACCAAGCAGGACGCGAAGAGAGCCUUCAAUGCCCUGUGUCACAGCACCCACUUGUAUGGCAGGAGGCUGGUCCUGGAGUGGGCCGACUCCGAGGUGACCCUGCAAGCCCUGCGGCGGAAGACGGCUGAGCACUUCCACGAGCCCCCGAAGAAAAAGCGGUCUGUGGUGUUGGACGAGAUCCUGGAGCAGCUGGAAGACAGUGAGAACGAUGGCGAGGAGCAGACUCUUCAGCUGUGAGCUGGCACCAGGAGGGGCUGCUAAGCUGGAGUUCCCACCUCCGUCUGUCCAAGGACGACUCGCAGCCUGGGACUUGACCUCUGACCUGCCGCAUCCUCGCCCCUGAGGGCUGUGAGCCCUUAGUCACCAGAGCACCUUGUGUCCAUGGUGACCAUGGGGCCACUCACAAAGCCCCAACUCCAAGCCCAGCUGCCAGGUUCAUUGGUUGAGCUCAGCUGUGUUGCUAACGGUGAAUGCCUUUGGCUCACGGACUGGGGACCCAAUGAAAUGCCAUCAGGUCCCCAGCCCUGGCAAGCAGCACCCCAAGGCUCAUCCCAGAUUUGGGGGCACCCACAGGCCCACACCUACUCCUGCCUGGAGGUUUGUACCCAGCACACGCCAGGAUGGGGACAGUGGAGAGAAAAGGGCUGUGGCCCAUGUGCCCUGGGACCAGCUGGGGCCACUCUGAGCCUCAGCUUCUCUCUCUGUAAGGUGAGGGAUCUCGUGCCUACCUCAGACAUGGUGCUUGGACUCCUUCAUCAAUCCAAGUAAAGCCAGAACAAGUGCUCAUCAGCGUUUCUAUUUACUUCUUAAUUUGGGGCGGCAGGGCUGUGAGUGCCAGCCCAGGAAUCUUCUGAGUUGCUGUGUAAAAUUUGGUCUCUGUUUUUCUGGGAGGAGGCUCCAGUGCACUUCAAGCAGUUUUCAAAGUGGCCUGGAAUCCAAGCAAGACUACACAGCGCCGACCGCCUCCCACGAGGCCCAGCGUGUCCCCAGUUCCCUCUGGGGCAGGUGCUUCCUGAUCAGUCCUAGCUCACCCCUGGGACGUGAAGAGAAGUGAAAGACACAGGCCCAGCGUGGCUCAUUCCCAGCUUUUAAGGGGAGUGUCCCCGCAACAUCAGACCACUGCAUCCAGUGGAGGCCCGGGGUGACCGGACUCCCAAGUCACCGUGGGUCCCAGGAAUGAUGGGGCUGGGAUCUCCCCCUCCCUCCCCACAGUGUGUCCUAUUAAGGGCCAUGUGGAUUCUUCUAGUCAAAUAAGAUCACAGACCCAUGGGAUUGGCACGGAAGCAGGCAGCAUUGGCACCAACAUCACUGACCUAGGUAACUAUACUAGGACGUCCCCAGAGCAGGAUUUGCCACCUCCUGCUGUCAGCGCGCCAGCUCAGGCUCUGCGUUCAGACCAGUCUGGGUCCCUGGUUCAAUCCAUCCCUCGCCAGCUUCAGGAGCCUGGGUCAGUGCCUUAACCUCACCUUUCAAAUGGGAUGACGCUAACAGUGCCUCCAUCACAGGGGGUGGGGGGUAGUGAGGCCCGGAGAGCUUCAAAUACCUGCAGGAUGUGAAUGUCUGACCCCAGCCUUGGGUCUUUCUUUGACCUUCAUGCUUUACUGUCUUAACUGUGUCCCCAAAAAAAGAAGCAAGCUUCAACCCAAGCUAGAGAGUAAUAAAAUAAAGCCAGGCCCUUAGCCUCGCCCAGAGGAAGAGGGACCACACGAAAGCA